AUGGCCGCGCAUGUGUAUCUUCCUGUCGGUCACCUCCCGCCAUGGGCCUGCCUGCCGGAAGAAAAGGAGGAAGGGAUGCAAGCGCAGCAGCAGGAGAAGGAGGCGGAAAAGGAGGGCGGCGGCGGCGGCAAGAGGAGGAAGGUCGCCGCCGAUAUCACCAUUGACCUGGACAUCCUCGACUGCCCCGUCUGCUACCAGCCCCUGCGCCCUCCCAUCUUCCAGGGAUUGAGUUAUGGUGUCUGCUUCGGGGUCGUCGCCACCGGUGGCUGCAAGGAAGGAGAGCAGACAAGAACGGGAAGGAGAGUAGACAAGGGAGGAGUACGGAGGACUGAUGACAGAAGGAGGAGGGAGGGAGCCUGCACCUUGCAGAAACCGAUCUGGAGGAGAGGAUCGAGGGGAAGCAGAGGGGGGUUCGAAGAGGCUCGGGGAGGCGGCGACACCGGAUUCGAAGGGGGUCGGGGUGGCGGCGGCGCUGCUCGAGGAGUAGGGGGUCAAACAGGCAUAACAUUUUGGGUUUACACCGUAAACAGCGGACCUACCGCAGUUCUCCUGGAGCAUUUUUCAGGCAAGCACAAGUGGCACUCCCCAAAAGUUACCUACAACAAGGCGUUCCGGAUCCGCAUCCAUGUGGGAUCAACCGUUCUGGUGGGCGAGGAUGGGAACCUCUUCCUGGUCAACAUGACAAUGGAGUCCCGUGGCGGUGUCAUCUCAGUUUGCUCCGUCCAGCCUCACACUACUGGAUCCAGCUUCAGGUGCAAGCUAACAUUGUCGUGCACUGAACCGAGCUUUUCUCAGUCUAUGGAGUUCUUAAUAAGGAGCACAAAUCUGUAUGAUGGGUUUCCCAAAGAUUGCUUCCAGUUCCUUGUGCCGAAGGUGUUGCUCUGA